AUGUCUCGAAUGGCCGUGCAGCCGAAUACAGAGAAAGGACAAGAAAAUCUCGCCAGCAAUUUGCAACAAUUCGUGCGCCACAGAAGUCGUACUUUUCGGUUGGCGAGUCUUCAGGCCGAAAAAUUGGCUGAUCGAGUUGAGUUUAUGGGUCGAUGCAUAAGUACCGCCGGCGCCUAUUGGGACAAGCACGCUGAUUUGGGUUUAGCAGUUCAAGAACCCACUCAAUCAUAA